AUGUUUGUGGAGUCUGUUGUCCGAUGGGGAGCAUGGAGCCUCCUGGUCCACUUUGGGCUUGGCGUUUCUGCAGGGAACUGUCCUUCACGGUGUGUGUGUCGGCCGAACUCAUCAGAGGUAAACUGCUCUGGCAAACAUCUAACCUCAGUGCCGGAGGGCUUCUCCAGCAAUGCCAGAUAUUUGGACUUAUCGCGCAAUAAGCUUAAGACCAUUGGACGCCGCCAGUUCUCAGGCCUUUACCAACUUCAAGAGUUGGACCUCAGUGAUAAUAUAAUCUCCAUGAUUGAGGUGGAGGCCUUCCAGGGGAUGCACAACUUAAGGACUCUUUGCAUCAAAAACAACCGACUCAAGAUUAUCCCGGUCAGGGUAUUUUCAGGCCUACCAAGUCUGCGCAUCCUGGACCUCAGUGAGAACGAGAUUCUGGUCUUUCUGGACUAUACCUUCAAAGAGAUGGUGAACUUGCAGAUAUUGGAGGCAGGGGAGAAUGACUUGGUGUUCAUCUCUCAGAGAGCAUUCAUCGGUUUGCAGAACCUGCAGGAGCUCACCUUGGACCGCAGCAAUCUGACCUCCAUCCCCACUGAGGCAUUGUCGCAGCUACAGAGCCUGACACGUCUGAACAUGCUGAGACUCACCAUCUCCGCGUUGCCCAACAACGCCUUCCGUCGGCUCCACCGCCUUCGCAGCCUCGUGAUCUCAAACUGGCCCAUGCUGGAUACACUGGCAACAAACAGCUUAAUUGGCCUAAACCUCACUUCCCUGGUCAUCAGCAACUGCAACCUCAGCGUGGUUCCCUACUUGGUGCUUCGUCACCUGGUCUACCUGCGCUUCCUGGACCUUUCCUACAACCCCAUCACUACAAUCCGAGGAAAUCUCUUGGGGGAUCUUCUGAGGCUCCAGGAGUUGCAUUUGGCUGGGGGCAGUCUGCUGCGAAUAGAACCGGGGGCCUUCAGGGGUCUCGCCUACUUCCGGAUGCUCAACGUGACGUCCAACCAGCUCACUACGUUGGAGCAGAGUGCCUUCCACUCAGUGGGGAAUCUCCAGAUUUUGCGGUUGGAUGGGAAUCCCUUGGCAUGUGAUUGCCGGCUUCUCUGGGUGGUCCACCGGCGGGUGCGCUUGAAUUUUGACGGUCACCAGCCCACAUGUUCGUCUCCUGAUAAGGUGCGGCAGCGUGAGUUCAAGGACUUCUCAGAGAAGGAGCUUCCAAGGCUGUUCACCUGUCGGCCGGCCCGUAUUGCAGACCGCCGGCCCCAAGAAGCCAGAGUAGAGGAGGGCACCACGGUGCUCUUCUCCUGUAAGGCAGAUGGUGACCCGGCUCCAUCUAUCACAUGGGUCUCAUCCCAGAAAUCCUUGAUUUCUUCGACAGGGAGAAUCAGGGUUCUGCCUAAUGGCACUCUAGAGGUGCGUUUUGCCCAGGUUCAGGACAGCGGUUCAUAUAAGUGCACAGCUAGCAACGCAGCUGGCAACGACAGCAUCACCGUUAGCCUGCAGGUGAAAGGGUUCCCCCGCAACCGCACCAUGCCCUUUUUCACAGAAGAGGGCUGGGUAGAGUCCUCUUACUCUCCUACAGUCAACUCCUCAACUCAGAUGGCCAAGCCAUACCCAUUUGAUGCAAAGACACUGAUCAUCGCCACAACCAUGGGCUUCCUGUCAUUCCUCAGCUCUGUGGCAAUCUGCUUUGUGUUCAUGUUCUUCUGGAGUCAGAGCAAAGGCCAGAUAAAGCACACGGCAACUAUCGACUUUGUUCCCCGUACCUCCAUGGGUGGAGGAGGGGAUGGAGGGGACGGUGGCCGGUUUACUAUGAAACUCAUCUAA